GCAAUCCAUAAGGUAGAACACCACCAUAUACAUGUACCUGCAUCCAUUACUCCAGAUCUUGCUGAUACGCUCCUUCCUUGUUAGCGAAAGAACAUGGGAGGUAGAAGUCUGAGCAAGAUGUGCAGAAGGUGCCCAUACCGGCUUAGCGUGUGUAACAUCCUUGCUCUGUCUCGUUCCACUUUCCCGUCAUUCUUCUCGUCCGUUUCCUGCUUCUUCCCUUCAGCUGCUACCUAUUUCUUUUUUUUUCUUUUCUUUCCUUUCCUCUCCAACCUCACCCUCCACCCGUCGGACACAGGCCCGGUCAUGGAGAAAUCGAAAGCUCUCGACACUUCUGUCCCACCGCAACGGGACCUCAGCGUGGAGCGAGACCUGCUGAACAUUUCCCUAGGCACAGUCUUGAUAACAGGCGGGAGUGGAGGUCUUGCCAAUCAGAUUCUCACUCUGCUGGCCUCACGUCGCGCCUGCUCUCAGCUCCACUCCGUCGACCUUCGACCGCCCCCAGAGCCGGUCACUAGUGUCACGUACCACACUGCGGACCUCACGAACGAGGUCGCUGUUCAUCGUUUGUUCGAAGCAAUCCAACCCGAUGUGGUCAUUCAUUGCGCGAGCCCGCGAUAUGACGGCUCAAAACGUGCCAUGCAGAAGGUGAACAUCGACGGCACCAAAAUCUUGAUCGAUGUUGCCCAGAGGACCACCACAAAAGCUUUCGUAUACACCAGCUCAGCAAGCGUGGUCAGUGAUGCCAAAACCGACCUUCGAGGAGCAGAUGAGUCGUACCCUCUGGUUGUAGGAGAUCAGCAGCCGGAGUUUUACGUUCACACCAAGGCCGUCGCAGAGACUCAUGUCCUCUCUCAAAACCGACCCGCCGACCAUCCCCACUUCCUCACCUGCGCCAUCCGUCCCUCGGGUAUUUUUGGAGUAGGCGACUCGUGGGUUCUCCCCGGCGUCAUCGAGGCAUACCGCAAGGGUCAAACGAAAGUCCAGCUUGGCAACAACGACAAUCUAUUCGACUUCACCGAAAACACCAACGUAGCUCACGCCCAUCAUCUUGCCGCCGCGGCACUGAUCAAAUGUAGCUCGCAGCCGCACAUACCGACCGACGGCGAAAGAGUGGACGGCCAGGCGUUCUUCAUCACCAAUGACGAGCCAAUUCAUUUUUGGGACUUCACACGUCUAGCGUGGAGAUAUGCUGGAGACACGACGACUCCCGAACAGAUCUGGACCAUCUCUCGACCUUGGGCAAUGGUAAUUGCCGGCAUGCUCGAUUGGAUUUUCUGGUUGCUGCGCUUAGGAGAUCCUCCACUGACGAGGCAGAAGGUGAGGCUGAGCUGCAUGACUAGAUACUAUUCGAUUCAAAAAGCGAAGCAGAGACUCGGAUAUCGACCCCUGGUGGAUAUGCGAGAAGGGUUGCGGAGAGGAGUCGAAGAUUGUGUCAGGAGGAGCGUGGAUACCAUCAUGGUCGCCUCUCCAUCAUCCCCUUCAGAAUGAGCAUCCGUCGUGGACUUCGUCUUCCGUCAUUCCAACGUUGACAAUGCGGAUGCCGCUAUUUCCGUUACCACCAGGUGUAGGUUUCCAAAUGGAUGUUCCCUUUUAUUCACACGGGAUCCAGGUUCUCCUUGCGGGUCCUCUUGCGGGUCCUCUUGCAAAGCAUGCCGAUGCAAAUAACGCUACAGGUGUGAAACCACGUAAUGUCUAGAAAGAAGCUUGCCUGUACCUGAGGUAGGUAUGAAAGCAAUUCGUCUGCGCACAAGACCGACGCGAGGAGAGCGUAGGGAAGCCCAAAAGGCGCAUUUUGGGUAGUUCUUCCAUCUGUAAUACUUCUUUUUACAGUUCCAGGUUGGUAAGCAAUCGUGAAAAGGGAGGUUCUCCGAGGUACAGUAGUUGAUAUUCCGACAACUUCGUAUAUCGCAAGGUUAUUUGAUAUUUGCUUCUGUCGUAUCUCGCGUCCAGUACAUAAUUGUAGAGUCCGGCAAUUGAAUUGUCUCAUAAGCAGCCCAUGGGAUGUUGGCGCCGCCGAGCUAUCGAUCCGCAAUCUCGACCAGCUUGGCCGCGCAGAUAUUGCGCUGCACGACUGUGGCCCUCAGCUUCUGCGAUAUCUACGGCUAGGUCUCCGCAUGAGUCCUUGAUAUCGAGCCGUGCACCGUGGCUAACCAGUACCUGAAGAACGUCUUCAUGCCCUGUAGCAGCAGCAGUGUGGAGAGGAGUACCAAGUCCGAAUGGCUUACGCAUUAGGUAGAGCUCAGGCCGGUCCUCGUACAUGACUGCGUUCACUGGCGCGCCUUUUCGUAUCAGGAACUCCAUUACAGUCUUGCGAUCAUCUAGCUUACGCCAGACAGCGGAGUGAAGCAAGUGGCCUUGGUUGACAUUACCGCUAUGAGCAAACAGCAUCUGGAUAACAGGGAAAGGUGCGUCUCGAACGGCAGUAGAUAAUGGAGUCUCUUCCAUUAUAGAGCUGGCAUUCGGAUCAGCGCCGUGAGCCAAAAACCAGGCAGUGAGAUCGGGGUCCGUAACGGCACAUGCAAGUGCUGGAGGAUCUUCCCAUCCAAGCGCUUGAUUGAUAUCCCAAGCUGUUUCGAACAAUAGCUGCAGUAUUGCCGUAUUCUUGGUCAGAGUAGCUUGUCUCACCUCAUGCGAUGAAGGAGGAACGUAUUCGGACAACAGGUAUGCUACAAUAUCCUGAUGCUCUUGUUCUAUUGCCCACAACAGAGUCCGCCCUGUACGUAUGUCGUCGCUUCGCCCUUGCCACAGACAGCGAAGCUCUGCGAAAGCUUCUUUCACGGCUGGGAGGUUGCCUUCUCG